CUCCCUAAAACAUGUGAGAAUGCCCAUCACAUCACGUAAAGGCAGGGAAAAAAAAACUUAUGGUAACCUAAAAAAGAGAAGAAGAUCGUUCCUCUUGGGCUUUAAGAAAUACAAAAGUAUCCCACUGUAAAUUGUUAUUUAUAUGUUUAUGCUGUUUUAUUAGGACUUUCAUUAAAAAAAUUUUAGCUGAAUCAAAUCUGUAUAAGAAGCUGAUACAUUAAGCCUAUCUUUCAUCCACUUAUUACAAUAGCUCCUCCAAUAUGUUUGAUUUUUAUUCUGUAUUUUCCUCAGAUCCGUGGGAGUGUAAAGUGCAUGCAGGCAACUCUCUCAUUAUUUUCUCAGCUGUUUUCUUCCAUUGUUUUUUACCCCCAGGUUAAGGAUGUGAGAUCCAGGUGAAAUCCAGCACCAAACCUCUUGCCCCAGGGAUGGACCUGCCAGGCCAGUUCAGCAGCACCCAGGGGACAUUUAAGACAAGCCCUCAGGGUCCCAGGGGGCAGCACUGCAGCAACACUUGACGAGCUGGCAGGGUGGCCUUUCCUUUCUUGGAAAAAUUAGUCUCUCGACUCAGGGAAUCUGAGCACCUCCAUACAAACGUACACAGGGUCUCCCCACUGAAAAGCUGCACAGAUCUGUUUUUAUAUAAAAAGUAUGCAUGUCACAUGCACAGCAAUGCUGCAGCCCCUUAAGACCAGACAAACCAGCUUCUCUAUGCCCCAUUAAGACACCUUAAGCAACAUCUGUUCUGCAAAAGAGCAACAGGUAUCUUGAGUGGCCGCAGGUGAAGAAAGCUGGACUCGUCUGACUUAAUAAAGAGCUCAGGUGUCUGGACACCCACGAGGGUGAGAGUCUCUGUGGGCUCUGAGUCACGUCUCUUGGCUUCACUAUCCCCAGCAGACACACAUGGGGUAAACCUAAAGAGCGGACCAGCAAGUGGAGGACCUUUUAAGCCAGAAAAGGGACGACUGUUAAGAGGAGAAGUAUCCAUCAGAGGAGAGUAAUGAAGGGGGAGCCACUAUUCGUGGACAGAGACUCCACCUCCGCCUCGUGCACAGGCUAGCCAGUGGCUGCGGGAAGACGGGGCAGGGCCAGGACGCUGCCUGUGUCCCUGAAGUCAGGCCUCUGGAGAGCCAUGCUGAGGCACUGAACUGCUCCAAUGCUACAUAGGAAGCAAGUGAGAUUUUUAAGUGACUUUUAUUUACUCCCUGAAUGAAAAGGCUCAAUAAUCAAUUCUGGCCUCCUAUUUUUAAAAACAUUUAAGAAUUCUGAUCCAGGACUGCCAGGAUUUCACCCAGCUUUUAGAAUCCGAGAAGUACCCCGCGCUGCCCUUCACCUGGGCCAUGUGUUUGUUUUGUAAAGGGAGCCAGCCCUGAAGAAACACUCAGAUUCUGUUUUUCAACCCAUGGGUCAGAAUCGACAAGAAUAAAAUCCUCCAGGGAUGAAAGGGUAACAAAACCUGCCAAGCGACUCUGGUUCAUGUGACUUCAGCAGGAGCCGCAGCAAGAGAAGCAACUGAAGGAGAAGAAAAGCCAGGCAGGGUGCAGACACGCCAGGACUUCUGACCCACGCGAGGAGCAUCUCUCGGAAGCUGAGAGGAGAACAUUUCAAACCAUGGUAAUAAGAAGGCAACUGGAGCUCAAAGCAUGAGCCAGCUGCGAGCCACAAAGCCUGGUCUUCUCGUGUGCACAGCCGUUUGCAUCUUCAUUUUUAUUUAUUUAAGGAAUCUGACUCCCGAGGAAGCAGAGGAGGAACCCACCCACCCAGCAGUGGUGGAAUGCGGCUUCUAUCCUGAUGAACUGUGCUCGGCUUUGUUUGAAGGGAAAGAGGCGGCUCCCCAGAUUGCAAAGUUCUGUAGAAACCCUCAUGGAUCUGAAAUACUUGCUCAUUUACACAGACCAGGAAAUUGCUCCAGGAUUUCCCAGGAGUUGCAUUUCAUAACCAGACCCCUGUCUGCAGAGGAGGGCAGCUUCUCUUUGGCAUAUAUUGUAACUAUUCAUAAGGAGCUGGCUAUGUUUGUGCAGCUACUCAGGGCUGUUUAUGUGCCUCAGAAUGUUUACUGUAUUCAUGUGGAUGAAAAGGCCCCAAAGAAGUAUAAGACUGCGGUGCAAUCCCUGGUUAAUUGUUUUGAGAACAUUUUUAUUUCGUCAAAGAGAGAGAAAAUGGCUUACACUGGCUUUAGAAGACUGCAGGCAGAUAUUAACUGUAUGAGAGAUCUAGUGCAUUCCAAAUUUCAAUGGAACUAUGUCAUUAAUCUCUGCGGACAGGACUUUCCAAUCAAAACCAACAAAGAAAUCAUACACUACAUCAGAAGCAAAUGGAAAGAUAAAAAUAUCACUCCCGGAGUAAUCCAGCCACCAAGCAUUAAAUCUAAGACAAGUCAGGGCCAUCUUGAAUUCAGCCCUGAAGGAGACAUCUACGUGUCUCCAAAUGCAGGAUUCAAGGUUGAGCCACCCCAUAACUUAACCAUUUAUUUUGGAAGUGCUUACUAUGUACUAACGAGGAAGUUUGUGGAGUUUGUGCUGACUGACAUCCGCGCAAAAGACAUGCUCCAGUGGUCCCAAGACAUCCACGGCCCAGAGCGACACUACUGGGUGACUCUGAACAGACUGAAAGAUGCUCCGGGCUCCACCCCGAACGCUGGCUGGGAAGGAAAUAUUCGAGCUGUUAAAUGGAGAAAUAAGGAGGGAACAGUUCACGAAGGCUGUAAAGGCCACUAUGUCCAGGACACCUGCGUGUACGGACCAGGAGACUUGCCGUGGAUCAUUCAAUCACCUUCUCUGUUUGCCAACCAAUUUGACUCGACCGAGCCUCUUGUGGUCUCCUGCCUGGAGCGGUGGCACAGACUCAGAGUUCUAGGGCAGGCAGAGGGCCCUGUGGAGGCACACUGGCACUUCCAACGGGAGAGCCAUUUUAAUACGGAAUUGAACCGCUGAGUCCAAAGUUAUAGAGACUGUUUGCCUUCUUAUUGGUAUCAUUCUGUUAUCUUGACUUGAAAUCAGAGAACAUUCAACCAAAAAAGAAUGGAAAAAUAAUUCCUUGACAGAAGUUAGUCCUAAAAUGAAUUUAGAAACUUGCUACUGACAAAAAGACUCUGCUAUUGAUGAUAAGCCACUUUCACAGUUUAGAGAAAGAAAUCACAAGAGAAAAAAUAAUUCAAAUUUCCACUGGUGACUAGGUAAGUGACAUGGAGGCCUGACUGCCUCACUAAACUGUUAAUGGAAAUCAAUAUUCUCCAAACACUUAGAUCCAGGCUCAAGUUAGAAUAAGAAUAUAUCUUGUCUUAAAGAUACUAAUGUGUAUGAGAUUCUAAUAAAGAACAAACUCCCACUGAAAAUGAAAAUAUGCUUCUAGCAGUCCUCUUGGCUAGGAACAAUGUAACUCUGUUCUAGAAAUCCUAGAAAAACAAGGAAGAGUCUACCUCCUUUGGGUAAAAGGCAGUUAUGGAGUUGAAACACAACUUCUUACAAAGGCUGCCCCCAGGUUUCUGCGGGCUGGGAUGGUCUGUAUCUAAGCUGCCUAUACCAGUCACAACCACAGGGAGCGCUGGGCAUCUGAAAUAUGGCUGGAGUGACUGAUAAGUGAACCUUAACUUUAAAAACUUUAAUUAAAUGUAAAUAGUCACAUGUAGCUGGUGGUUACCAUACAGAACAGCACAGGUCAAAGGCGUGGACAGUCUUACUUCUCUCUACUCAAAGAUUCAGGUCUUCCCCAAAUCCACAAAUCUUUGUUGUUUUGUCAAGGACUUUUUAUACACUCUUUCUAAAAGAGCCCACAGAAUCAUACAGGGCUAGAAACAUACAACUAUUAAACAGCACAACUUAAAACAACUAAAAUAAGGAAAAAGUAGGAACCACAGGACAGGACACUAAAGAAUUAAAUGUAUAAUUCAAGGACAAAGCAUACCCUUUAGUGAAUUGACACUUCUCAAACGCAGAAACUAAAUGAGAUUCCACUUAAAUCAAUGAAAACAGCCCUUGAAAAGCAUGGAACUACACAGAAGGAGAAGAGGUUCUGAAAGUAGAGUCUGCAAAUCAAACCUGAGCUAACCAUAGCACAUUAAAAUUUCCACUGAAACAAAUAUUUCUUCCCCAAAGAUACGUGAUUCCAGGGAAAGCACACAACAGAAGGUUAAGACCAUCAGAGAAUGUGAGCGCCCCAGACAGCCUGCUUACAGGCAGACACGGAGUUGAUGGUCAUGCUCUGAGUGGUGGUUCAGAAAGCUCAGGUUCACCACAAUCAUGCCCCCUACAUUUUAUAACAACUCUUUGCAAGUAAGUGCAAACCCCAGUACACUUUUAAAUUAAAUAAAAAAUAAAAGAAGCUUACAUUGUUUCAAGUUACAUAAAAGAUAAGCUUUCCUUCAUUUCAAUGUCAAUUCAUAGAACACAAAUUCGCACAACUGCCCUCAAAAGGCUCAAAUGCUGCAAUAAAUCAUUUCUGUAACAGCGAGAUAAAAAAUAAGAAUUAAAAAAAAAAGAAUAAUAAGAUAACUUAAAGACAGAGACUUCCCUGGUGGUCCAGCAGCUAAGACUCCGCCCUUCCAAUGCAGGGGGCCUGCGUUCUAUCCCCGGUGAGGGAGCUGGAUCCUGCAUGCUGCACCAAGACCUGGUGCAGCCACAUAAGUAAAUAAAAAACAGCUUAAAGUACAGAGGAAUGAAGG